UGGCACUGCCGCGAAGGAAAUGAACUGCUCUCAUGCUUUCCUUUCUUCUGUGCUCCACGGCGUGUACUAUCAGCGAUGGCACACACCAAGCUCUUGUUUACAAACUAUUCUUCGAGCUUCGUGAGUCUCAGCUGCCACCGCGUCACCUACUGUCAUUAAGAUCUUCUGCUGUUGGUCGUGGACGAUUCUGCUAGUUUCCGUGUCUAGCCUUGUAAUUGAAAGGUUGGCGGGAAAACGCACCGGAGCAGUUUAAAGUGUGAUUCAUUCUUUUUGCAGGCAAGCAGUUUCGUAAUGAAAGAGCUAGAGACGAAAUGGACCCCGCUCAGACCUCGAAUCAAGGCAGGAUCGGGCUCGAGGGCCGGGGAGGGACAAAAGUUCCCGGAAAUAUGUUGUCGCGACACACUUUCCGAUACGUGUUCGUGGGAGGCAUGUUCGCUGCUGGUAUAGCGUGGUACGCCUCCUCCCAUGGUAUGCUGGGUUCUGCCGGUGAAAAAAUGAUUGCUGCAAGCAGAGGUGGAUCCAAGCCACCCACUGUGCCAGGAAAAGAGCAAGUGGAUGAAGCUCCUUCCGCAUCCAGGGCUACUACCCCGAGCGGCCAGGCUCAUACUGGAACAGCUCAAGGGCAUGCGGAAGGGCUAAAGCCUAAGUAAAUGUUGAGCUACUACUAUAUCUUCGGUUUUGUCAGUCAACUGCUGACAAUCUAGUUUGUGUUGAAGUCAAUACAUUCGCAUGAAAUUUUAGGAGGUAUCAGGUGAAGCAAAAUAAAGCUGUAUGCACCCUUAAUUGCUUAGAUUGUACAAAGAAGCAAAAUUUUAUCUUGGUGUUGGGCCAGGCGUCUCGUUUGUGGAAAUUUAGACUGCCUCAAUCAAAUGCAUAUCUGAGAAUAAUGUUCAUGGAACUUGAAUAUAAUUUAACCUUCAUGGAAUUGUAACACGUUCAGUGGUACCAUUCUCCUCAA